UAUUCGUGCUGUAUCCACGUUAUCGAACGGACGACGUGCGCGAAAGAAUAACUCGAUCAAACGAUACAUUGUACUCGCCGAUACUUCGCGUUAAACUGGUCGUUUUUAUCUUAUCGUCUACGUGAACACGCCCGAUAAUAUGGUUUGUUUCGUCAAUCCAUGCAUCAUUGUUCCAUUUUAAUGUGAAAACGUUGGAACAUGAUUACAACAAGAGAAAAGGAAGAUUAAUAAAAAAAAAUGCGAGUAACAAUUUUUAAAGUGAAAUCUUGAUUACAAAUAAUGGCGUUGAGGUUUUUUAUCUUUAUUGCAUUUUGUAUUUCGUUUGUGCUCAGUGAGUUUUGUCCAAAACAAUGUGACUGUGAUAUGUCUAAUGGGUUGAACAGAGCUAUUUGUGUUGACCAAAACAUUAUCGAUAUAAACGUUGGAGUAUCCAAAGCUGUUCAAGUGUACAGCUUGAAGCACAAUGUUAUCAGCGAACUAGACAAUUUUUGUUUUAAGGAAUCCGGCUACACGGCCUUGAAACUUUUGGAUAUAUCGUAUAAUUUGAUAUUCUGGAUAGGAUUACAUGCCUUUUCAGGGCUUGAAAAGUUAAUCUACUUAAAUCUUAGUAACAACAGACUGAGAUAUAUACCAUCCGAUCUUUUCUGGGACACACCGCAGCUUGAACACCUUGACCUUUCUUCGAACGUUUUCGAGUCGUUAAAGAAUGAGCCGUUCAUAAUGCACACAAAAUUGCAGAUAUUAAAUCUAAAUAACUGUAGAAUCAGAUCAUUACCAGAGAGAUUGUUUACGAGAUUGCCAAAUUUAAAGAAACUGGAUAUUAGUGAAAAUUACGUGGUUAUUUUAAGUGAAAACGUCUUAAAGCCUCUAAAUAAACUAGAGCGAUUAGAAAUGUGGAGCGCGUAUUGGCAGUGUUCUCCAGAUUUCAUUGCCAUCGAGACAUGGAUCAAAUCAAAGGGCAUCAAUUAUCAGAACCAGUGUACAAAGGGACCUAAAAGAUCAGAAAAGAUUAUAUCAACUGUGAGUCUUGAAAAAGCGCCAGUCGAUUUGAGCACAGUGUGGAAUACGACAGUAAAUAAAAACGAGACUACAAAAGUAACGGAAUCGAAACGCCCCUUGACGCCCCUGGAAAAGUUCGAUAGGGAAUUCUCUGCGAUUCAAGCUCUCGUUAUGGGCCUAGAAAUGGGUUUAGCUAUCGGCAUAGUCGGAACGUAUGUCUGGCUGCGACGAUUCUUUUCUUGUGCUCGUUUUAGCUGUCGAGCGAACGUGAGGCGUCGAACUCGCAGACUGCAGCGUUCCGAUGCUGAAAUGAGAGCGAAUUUACUUUGGAGUACCAUCAUCAAUCCUGAUGUGGAAACUCCACCGACGGCCCCUAAUAGAAGACCACCUGGUGGCGUCUCUAAUACGACCGAUGGAGCCCGACACGCAGACGCCAUCCGUGUCCCAAACAGAUCCGAGACUCCACCACCACCAUACAAUGAAUGCUGCAUCAAUAUAUAAUUAAGAGGGAUAAAUUAUUUUAGUUAAGUUUAUUGUGAUAUUAUUUCAUGUUUUAUUUUUUUAUUAAAUUGAAAUUUAAC